AUGAACAAUUAUCAUUAUCUUCUGAAAUUCAUUAUCAUUGGUGAUACAUGUAAAUCCUAAUCAAUAGCAUAUGAAAGGUGUUGGCAAAAGUUGUCUCCUUCUUCAAUUCACUGAUUCUAGAUUCAGAAAUGAACAUGAUGCAACAAUUGGUGUCGAGUUUGGAUCAAGAAAUACCAAGAUUAAUGAUAAGACUAUUAAAUUGUAAGUAUGGGAUACAGCUGGAUAAGAAGCAUUUAAAUCAAUUACACGCUCAUAUUAUAGAGGGUUUAUAUUUCUAAAUAAAUUAGAUCAAUCGGUGGUAUUCUUGUAUUUGAUGUGACUUCCAGAUAGUCCUUUGAAGAUGUAGCAAAAUGGUACUAAGAGAUUUAGGGUUAUGCUUGUGAUAAAAUUGAAAUGGCAUUAGUAGCAAAUAAAAUAGAUCUAGAUGCAAAGUAUAAUAUCCCAUCUUUAUAGUAAAGACGUGAAGUACGCACUGAGGAAGCAUAAGCAUUUGCUAAAAAACAUGGGUUUGCAUAUUUUGAAACUUCUGCAAAAACAGGAGAAAAUGUAGAUACUGUAUUUGAAUCUAUGGCUUAAACAAUUUUGAAACGUAUUGAUUCUGGAGAGAUUGAUCCUUCUUAAGAAGUUUUAUUUGUCAUAUUUUAUAAAUCUUUUAGAUAUAUGGAAUCAAGGUAGGUCCUGGAAAUAUAGAGGCAUAGAAAAAGUAAACAGUAACUUAAGAUACACAAAAUCCAAAACCUUUAACAGGGUAUACUACACCUGCAGGAAAUAAAAAAGCAGAAAAAUAGGAUAGUGGCUGCUGUUGA